AAAGCGUACUGGCCAAAGGGUAAGUGUUGUAAACGUCAUCGACCUUAUCGAGAUCUGUCGAAGUUGUAAGGAGAGUGGUAGGGUGGAAACAAGCUAAAUGUCGUUCCUAUUCAAAUUAUUCGCCAUCUUGGGGAUAGUCUUUGCCUACUUCGCCUACUCUCCUCAUCUUUUAGACUUUCAUCCUAAACCUUUCACAGUUCGGCAAUGGAGCGAAUUAACGGGUCCUCUUACCGUCAAUAAUCGCUUAAAUGAAGGUGAAAGGUUAUUCGAAGGCGCCAUUGAGGCUCCCGAAUCUCUCGCCGUUUAUCAAGGAGAAAUUUAUACGGGAACACGGGAUGGAUGCAUAACAAAAAUAUCUGGAAAAAAUUUCAAUUGUGCAGUCAACUUAAAUAAACUUUGUGAGAAACAGAAAGCAAUACCUUGCAGUCGUCCUUUAGGUUUAAGGUUCGAUGCCAAAGGUACCUUAUUCGUAGCCGAUGCUCAGUUAGGACUUCUACAAGUUGAUAUUAAGAAAGGAACAGUCAUAACUCUCGUGAGCACUGGCGAAAAGGUAGAAGGAAAGGAAGUAAUGAUUCCAGAUGAUGUAGAUAUGGAUGAAAAUGGUGUCGUAUACUUUAGUGACGUGUCCACUAAAUGGAAGUACGAUACUAUCUUUUAUAGCGUUGCGGAACACGAAAAUACUGGCAGAAUUAUACAAUACGAUCCAAAAGCCAAGAAGGCUUCGGUACUUUUAGACGGUUUAUAUUUUCCAAAUGGGGUGCAGUUAUCGAAGAAAAAGGACUCGCUACUAAUUUCAGAAACAGUUAAAGAAAGAGUACUUAAGUAUUAUCUGAAAGGUGCGAAGAAAGGUCAAUUGGAAGUACUGGUCGAAUUUCCCGGAAUGGUGGAUAAUGUAAGACCUAGUAAAAACGGUUAUUGGAUCGCUAUUAUUAACUUCAGAAACUCUUCAAAACCUGGAAUAGUUGAUCAUCUGAACAAAUAUCCUUUGGUGAAGAAAGCGGCGGUAAGAUACCUUCAUUCGAUCAGCAAACUUGUUGACUACGCUACAGGUUAUUGGCCCGCCUUAAAAACUAAACAGUUGGAACGAUUCUUAUCGAUAGAAAGCUAUUUCGAUAGAAGUCACGGAAUGAUUGUGGAAUUUGAUGAAGAUGGAAAAAUAAUUAAUUCUCUUCACUCACCAGAUGGGAAAAGCUCGUUAUUUUCUGAAGUACUAGAGUAUAAUGGAUAUUUAUACGUUGGAUCGUACGUAAAUCCGGUCAUAAUUAAAGUAAAACAGACAUAAUAUUAUUCGAAGGUGAUGAAUGUCAUCCAGUUUGUUAUACCGUAAAAUCAUUGUUAGAAAAUAAAAUUGUUUUUAAAUUUUUCCAAUAUUA